AUGAGCGAAGGCGAGAAAGUCCGCACCUCCGGCGAGGUCGCCCGCGAGCCUACCCUGCCCACUGUCAACCCGGCCACGGAGAAGCCAGAGGCCCCUCAGGCCACCUUCCACCCCGCGGUCUACGUGAGUGUCUGGAUCACGCUGAGCUCCAGCGUUAUCCUGUUCAACAAGUACCUGCUCGACACGCUGAACUUCCGUUUCCCGAUUAUCCUCACAACAUGGCACUUGGCCUUCGCCACGCUGAUGACCCAGAUCCUCGCCCGCACCACCACGAUUCUGGAUGGCCGUAAGACGGUCAAGAUGACCGGCCGCGUCUACCUGCGCGCCAUCGUUCCGAUCGGUGUCUUUUUCAGCUUGAGUUUGAUCUGCGGCAACAUGACCUACCUGUACCUGAGUGUGGCCUUUAUCCAGAUGCUCAAGGCUACGACCCCCGUUGCCGUCCUAAUCACCACCUGGGUCAUGGGCAUGGCCCCCGUGAAUUACAAGACCCUCGGGAACGUCUCGGUCAUCGUCCUCGGCGUGGUCAUCGCCUCGUUCGGUGAGAUCAAGUUUGUCAUGGUCGGUUUCCUGUUCCAGCUGGGCGGAAUUGCCUUCGAGGCCACCCGCCUGGUGAUGGUGCAGCGCCUGCUCAGCUCCGCGGACUUCAAGAUGGACCCCAUGGUCUCGCUGUACUACUUUGCGCCCAUUUGCGCCGUGAUGAACGGCGUCGUCGCCCUGUUCCUGGAGGUGCCCCACAUCAGCAUGGAGAACGUCUACACCGUCGGUGUCUCGACGCUGAUCGUCAACGCCAUGAUCGCGUUCCUGCUCAACGUCUCGGUCGUCUUCCUGAUCGGCAAGACCUCGUCCCUGGUGAUGACCCUGUGCGGUGUCCUCAAGGAUAUCCUGCUGGUCGCUGCCUCCAUGGCCAUCUGGCAAACCCCCGUCACCCCGCUGCAGUUCUUCGGCUACUCCAUCGCCCUGAUCGGUCUGGUCUACUACAAGCUGGGCGGUGACAAGAUCAAGGAGUACACCAGCCAGGCGGGUCGCUCGUGGGCCGAAUACGGCGCCAACCGCCCGGCCCAGCGCAAGUUUGUGGUUGUCGGUGCCGCCGUCCUCAUCCUGUUCCUGUUUGUUGGCUCCAUGGCUCCGAGUUACGCCCCCGAGACCGUUGACCGUGUCAAGGGCGUGUUCCCCGGUAGCUCUACUGGCGGUAGUGCAUAA